UAUUUUUCCUCUCCUGUUUUAAGCAGACGCGAUUAUAGAGAUUGAAUGCGUGGCUCAAUUUAUCUGUCGUAAACAAAUCAAAACAAUACCGCGGAACCAAAGAUUUCGUCACAUCACAAGAAUCCGGUGACCGUGCAGCACUGACAGAGAGGUCCAAGGGAGCACGUCAUACCCGUGUGACAAAAUGCUUGCGUGUGCGUUCGUCUGCCGUAUGCUCGGCGUGUUAUUCCCAGGAAACAUUUCGCGCAGGUGUGUGCCCUGAUACUGGGCGUGCUCUGCUGAAAACUUUGUUCGCCGUGUGGCAGAUGUGUGGGCGUGUCGUGCGAUAGUCUGCGCAAGCGAGCGAACAUGCGACCGUGAUGCAUCUGCAAGUGCUAAACCCGUACAAGCGCGAGUUCUUCUGGAAGCGCUUCCCGCAGACGCUGCUAGGGGGCGUCCGCCUCAACGUCGGCUACCGCGUGCCGUGGUACGUCUACUUCGUGCAGGUGGCGCUGUUCUUCACGCCGGCGCUCAUCGGCGGCGCGUGCACGGCGGCGGCGGAGUGUGGCGCCGCGCGGUGGCACGUUGCGGCGGCCGUCUGCGGCGGCGCGGUCGCAAUCUAUAGCGUCGCCCUGCAGGUGUACGCGCGCGUCGUGCGGCGUCGCAUCGUCACGCCGCUGCGCGUCGCCAAGAGCAACCUCCUCGCCGACGAGGACGAGGUCAGCUUCGCGUCGCCGUGGGCGCCCGAGACGGCGCGCUUCGUCAUCGCGGCGAAGGCGCACUGGGCGAGCGUGGUCGCGCACGGCGCACUCGCGGGCGCCGCCGCCGCGCUCACGAUGCUCUUCCUGCUGCCGUCGCGACUCUCCGGCCUGUACGCGUCGACCGGCGCCACCGUCGUGCUGCUCACGCUCGGCUGGCUGACGCUGUGCGUCGCGCUGUACGCGCUCGUCGUCAGCCGGCCCCCGGAGCCCGCCGUGUACGCGGCCGCCGACCGCCUCGAGAUCGCGUGCACGCUGAGAGUCGUUUACGUGCUGUGUGUCGUCGUCGUCGACGCCGCCAUGUGCUUCCAGCCAGGCAUCGAGCAUAUGACGUCAGCUAGUCACUGGACGCUGUCCUCCGCACUACACAUCGCAUUUCCUUUCCUGCCGCUCCUGUGGGCAGUGGGAAUGCUUCCACCGCCUGAUGCUCUUUUUCUAUGGCUGCUUGAACAGACAGUUGUUCUUCUGCUUGGAGGGUCCCCUAUGGCAACCGACCUGAGGUUAAUAGUGACGUUCGUGCUGUCGGUGGGCAGUGUCGUUAUCGUCUGCUACAUGCCCUCCGUGCUGGCAUCGCUGCUGGUGGGUGCUUGCCUCGGAUACCUCCUCAGCCUCGACCUGUUCUGUCUACGGUUACGCAGAAACACUGCAGCUGACUCUACGUCGGGGUUUAUGUGGAAAUUUGGACCAAAGGAAGCAGGCUUCCAUCUGGUCAUGUUAGGCCUAACAGCCACUGCUGCGUGGUUUGGAAGCGCGCCACCAGGGACCGCCAUCAACAAGGACUACAGAUUCCACGCAGUCGUGACAUUUAUCGGGUUUCUCAUCAAAGCUCUACUUGUGAUCUCGCACAUUCUAGAUAACAGCCAGCAGGUGUACGUCGCAUUCGCGCUCUUCCGUAACUGCAUGUUCCCGUCGAUCCUCGCCAGCGAGACGGCGUUCCUGCGACGCAAGCGCUACCUGGGAUUCAUCGGCUACGCACGACGACUGAUCAUCAGUGGGGUCGGCCCGCUGCUGAUGGUGUUCUACAUCGCCGCGCUGAGCUCUGCCGCCCCUCUGCCGCCGCCGCAACCGUCGCUGCCGGCGCUGCUGUACGCGCUCGGCGUCGCGCGCAGCCUGCGCAAUGUGUGGCAGAACACGCACCAGGCGAUGCUCGAGUUCUGUCGUCUGCACGUGAUCGCGCUCAUCGCCGAGCUCGCUCCCUCCCUGCUCACGCUGUCGCACGCGCUUGCAAGCUGGACGGACCUGUACGACGGCGUCAAGCUGCUGUGCAUCGGCGUUGUCAUCCAUCGCGUCUCUCAGCUCGCUCUCAAGCUCUACCUCUACUUCGUGCUGCUCGGCCACGCAUGCGCCGACCGCAAGACGAGGGUCGCCGCCAUCUUGCCGGUCGUCGUCGGCAACGCCGUGUUCUUUCCUGUCGUGCUGGCCGUCGUCGCGGCGACGGUGGUGCUCUCCGCGCCACUGCUGCCCGUCUUCACGCUGCCGGCGUUCAUCGUCGGGUUCCCGCGCCCGCUCAAGUUCUGGCCAGACGCGGCCGGCUCGUCUUUCAACAGGAACGAGGACACGGUUUACUACCAGCAGCUGGUGGCGCCACUCGCCGCGGCAAUGAGCAACGCGAUCGCAAACGGCAGUGUGGGCGAUGCUGGACCAGGUUCGCACUAUCUUGCUCGCUUUCAGGACAGGCUAGUCUGGAUGCACGUACUCGAACGAGGGUACGGCUAUCGCAUUCUCAGUAUCAAAGGUCUGCAGCUGGAGAAGACCUCAUGCCAGUGUUUCCUUAUUUACAUGUUAGUUGGGCAGUGCUUUGUACAGUCUCUGUUAUGGGUGCUUCUUCACCACAUCACCAUAGGGCAGUACAAGGAUAUACCAGAUAUUGAUGGCGCUGAUGUUAAAAAUGCGAAGACGGAUGCGACUACAGAUCCCGAUGACUCGCCGAAGCAUCCUCGUCCACCCAGUUCGCCGCGCGCAGCCAGCGCCAUCUGUGUAGAGCGGUCACAGUCUUCCAGGAGCUUUCCGAACAGUGUCUGGUCGGACGACGACACAUUCCACGAUGAAGCGGCGACCAAACCGCAUGCGGCCGUGGCGACAAACUACGGUGGCGCCCCCGACUCCGCCGACACGACGGUGGCGCUCCUGCGGGAGCUACGCGGGCUCGGCAGCGACGACGUCGACGUCCGCCACUCUCGUCACGACGUCUUAAACUCUGCGCCGUUCGGCAGCGCGAUGCAGGUGGCGCCACCGUCGGGAGCGCCGGCGGGCGGUCGAGUGACGGAUGCCGAGCCGGCGUUCGCGCAUCCCCACGCCACACCGCCGCGGUGGACGGAUGGCGUCGGCGGCUUCGGUCUGCCGGCCCGCGACGCAGAGACGCCGAAAACCGACGCGAAACACCACCUCGACGCGCUCGAGAUGACGCUCUUCUCGGCGUCAAAGCUGCCGCCGGCGAUGCCCGCCAGGUGGCGGCAGAUGCCGGUGCGGGCGGGCGACUGCGCGGGGGUCGCGCCGACCGCGGGCUGGUACGAGCACGUCGUCGACAGCCUGCACACGUCUGGCGCGUCGACGGAGACUGUCGCCGCGCUGCAGCGUGACGCGGACGCGCGCGAGAUCUACAGUCACGUCGCACUCUCCUGCUACGCCGUCGUGAACCGGCUCGGCACUGCUGGCGCCAGUCUAGCUGAGCUCGGCGCGAGUCACGUGCACAAGUGCUUUCGCGGUGACGUUCCCUGGUCGCCGGCGCUCGACUGGGUGCGGCAGGAUGAGGUGCUGUUUGCGCUCAUCAUAAAGGCCUACCGGUAUGCAGUGAAGCUGAUGUACAUCCAAGGAUCUCUCGGCCCGCUGGAUGACAUGGCCGAGCUGGAACACUACCUACAUGAGUUUGAUUGUGAUACCUACAUAGGACAGGAGACGUCUGCAGAGUGGGCAGACGCGAUAUCUGCCGGCAAAAAACACUUGUUUUCACUGGGAUAUAACAACCUGGAGAACGUGUACACGGGCCGCGUGCUCACCCGGCAGCCGACAGCGGUCAAGGUUGGGCAGCUGAACAGCGAGGCGGUGCGAGGUCUGUGGGCGUCGCUGUCCCUCGAGCUGCUCUACUUCACGAACGACGACGAGGAGCGCUACAGCAUCCAGGCGCUGCCGCUGCUGCUGCGCAACCUCACCGUGCAGAGCGCUGCCCCGCCCCUCGGCUACCCCGUCUACUCCUCACCCCCGCUACACGUGCCUGCGCUGUAACCCCCCACGCGCCCCACCCCUCGGCUACCCCGUCUACUCCUCACCCCCGCUACACGUGCCCGCGCUGUAACCCCCCACGCGCGCCGCCCCGGCCCUCGGCUACCGCGUCUAUGCCUCACCCUUGCUGCACAUUGUAUAUCCAUGCUGCAUGGAUUGUUGGUGAAAGCAGUGAUACUGUUAAACUAGGACCAAAAGAAAGUAUUUUUGCGAUUAUAACCUUUUGCUUGUACACGUUAUCAAAAUACGUGAUUUCGUAAUAAGCCUCUAACUACUUAUAAUAAUGGUCAUCCCAACAUCGUAAUAGAGUGGUCUACUUGUGGGGGUGAAGGAGUGUUUUUACUUGGGUGAGGGUGACCGUAACAUAAUGACGUGUGUGCUGCUUGAUGCACACGAGGAAUGAGUCUCGUAGAUUAGUCUUACCGUGCCACCAAGGCACGCUCGUAUUACGCAACUAACUUUUACACGGUAGGCACAAUCUCCAAGCUAAGAGGGUGCCGUGAUGUGUGAUGUGUAUGAUCUCUGCUACAGGCAACGAACAUCAUAGUGGGUGGUUUUCACCUCUUAUCCUCUGCCGAAUUUGUAACUAUUGUAGUUUGUCAUUUUUUAUGGGUUUACCAAUACACUACUAUAUUAGUUGAUAAGAACUAUUGAUAUGUGAGAAUUUUUUUGUUUCCUACAAUAACUUAUAUACAAUAUAACAGGAGCGUAUAAUGACAAAUAUUUGUCAUUAUACGCUCCUGAAUAUAAAUAUUGUAUUGGUUACUGCAUUGUUUAUUUCUCGGCAAAUUACUGCCUUAACGUAUAUUAUAGUUCCUGUCGUAAUAUCGGUAGUAUGUGCGGUAGAGAUCGUAUUCACUAUUGUGUGUAAGUCAGGUAAGUAAGGUGUAAUGCAAUUACCACGAUUACAGUCAAAUCUGUAUACAACGGUCACUCAGUGAAACCUGAAGUGUCCGUUAUAGUCGGGUGUCCAUUUACUGCCUCUGGGGCGAAGUGUACUUUAUAGACAGGUAUCUAUGUUAUAGAUAUGUCCACUGCUAAUACUGGGUUAGACUGUACUAACAAAGCUGCAUGUGGUAUGUACAAUGCUAGUGGCUUGGAGCAAGCUGUUAAACGCUCCCACAAAAUUGCUGUCGAGAUGUGUAUACACGUCUAUGUAAGUGGUACAUGGCUUAAAAUGUGUUUCCUUUAUUUAUAGACAUGUAUACAUGUUGACGUUUUCUAGAUAAUAUUUAUACUAUAUAUAUAUAUAGUAUAUAUAUGUAUAUAUUA